CCAGAAAACCGGGUCUUAAAAAGUCAUCGGCCGAUAUCCUUUUAAGCUUUUUACCUACUCGAGACCCCCUAUCGAAUGAUGUAUGAACGAAUGAAAUCGGAGCGGGACACCUGGGAAUGUUUCCUCGUUAGCAUGUAAUAAAAACUACUUAGCAUUUAAAUGGGAACCUAAAUAAAAUUUAAAAGUCAUAUGGGAAACUACGCUGGCUUGCUAAAGGAGACGCAGUAUCGGUUAAACUACAACGAAUGUGCUUCUUUUCGUAUUCUUUCCCUUUCUUUGCUGGUCUUUUCGCGAUCUAUCCGCUUCUCCCAACGACCUUAACGGAACUAUUAAAUCGAAAAUUUCGAGUUGGCAUGCGUUUAAUCUACAACUGUCCGGCGGUUGACGCUAAGGAACUGUUUGAGAUAUGCAAUGAAAAGAAACUGGAGGAAUAUGUGAACAGUUACAUAAAAAGCAUGCAUGAGUCGGUACUAAUUGUCUGGAUAAACUUUGUUGAAGAGAGAGAGAAUCAGAGGUAAGCGUUUUUAUAUUCAUUCUUUUUCUCUAGAUCACAGUGCACAUUGCGGAAAAAAGAUGAGUAAAAAAAAACUAGAGACCAAUUGUGUUGCGCAUAAGUUGCGAUGUCUGCAGACUCUGCCUCUGCUGACAGCUGCCAAAAGUUAUCAAUUCAGUCAGUAGAUUUUCACUGCACCGUUUCGCUGUGAUUUUCUAUUUCAGCAACUUUGAAAGACAUAAUUAGAGAAAAUAACAGAACAGAGAACGAAAUAUAAAGAACAGAGAACGAAAUAUAAAGAACAGAGAAACAGAAAUGAGAGAGAAUUAUUUUUCUUCUCAAGAAUAAAUGGCACCGAACAACUGAUGCUAAUGAACUAAAAAAACUUCCGAGUCCGAAACACAUCUUUAUCUAUGUUAUACCAUCGUUGACAAUAUUAGCUGCACAUUCAUGGAUCGGCUUCUAUAUUAACGCUGGACAGUCAUCUCGAAGAUCUUAUUAUCGUAGUGAAAGUGUACAAAUAACUUCUACAAUCGGAAGAAAAACGUAUGGACGCUCAUUAGCAUCAGCUUCAACGACCAUCGGCUCAACACUUUUCAAUCAAAAAAAUUAUUCAACAGUACCACUUCGUUUUGUGACAUCGAAUUCCGAACGUAUUCGAACAAAACAACAUCGAAAAUUAUUGCGUAUGUUAAUAAUAAUGAUAUUAUUAUUCUCAUUAUCUUGGUUACCUUAUCAUAUUCUCAGUCUUAUUAUGGAAUGUCAAUCAUUGUCAGAAAAGACAACAU